CAAAUCUUGGUUUAUUCAUAUUCGUCGUCUUGCGGACCAGCCGAGGAGGCAACACCAUUGGUGGAAGAGAGGGCAGUUCUCUCCUCAGCGCUGAGAAUAGGACCUUGAGUUGCAAAGCAGCCCACCGGUACAAAUUCCAGUGUAAUAACACACCGAAAUUGGGACUGGAAGCGCCGAAUACGAAACGUCGCUUUAGGAUCGGGAGUGCGCUAGCUGCGAGAAAUGUUGCCGCUACCAACUCCGAGCAGGGCCCAGGCCGGAGUGGUAGUUACCGUUGUAGUUUGCCUAAUGGCUGCGUUUGUGCCCGGUUGUAAUGGCCAGUCGUGUACAGCUCAAUCAGCAGACCAGUGUUGUAUCCUACCUACUGGCGAUGUUCGAGUCGGCAACUUCACCUACUUUCCCGUGGCCAUCACGACGCUGACCAAAGUGCGAGCGUGCCUGCGCAGUCUGGACCGGUUGCCGCAGUCGCUGCGGGACGAGGUGGUGGAGUCGCUGCGUCUCAAGCUCACCAACCUCUAUGCGUUCGUGGACCUCGCCCGAAACUCCACCGCCGCGACGCCCUGCCCUGGAGUGAAGUACAGUGUUCAUAAGCUAGAGUAUGACGCCUUACCUGCCCUGGAUGUAGCACGUCGUCAGGCCUCCCCGGUCGACUUCUUCCAGACUCUGUCGGCGGCGUUCCGUGGCUUCAACGACGCGCACACUCGCUUCUUCUCGCCGCUGCAAGCGUUCCACUAUGUGCGUCCAAUGGUACUGACCACGCGCCUGGUGACGCCGCAGCCAGGUGCCACGCCCGAACAGCAGGUGUUCUUCUCCAAGGUCAACCCCCUGUACAGCUUGCUCAAUGCCACCCAGGUACUCGCGGUCACUGUCUCCUGGAAAGACUUUGUUGGACGGCGCGUGUACAGAAUCAACGGUGUGGACGCAUUGACCUAUCUCAAGACACAAGCUGAUCGGUUCGGUUUCCAUAAGUCACGCGGUGUACGCUUUAAUCAGCUGCUAAAGCAGACCUACUUCAGCCUGGGUGAGCAUGACUUACCAGGCCAGGACACGGAGGUGUACACACUGCAGGACGGUGCCGAAGUUAUAGCUACACUGGUAGCGGUCGUCACGGACCCACGGCUCACAUCCAGUGGCGUACAGCAAGUGUCUCGCUACAUAUCAAGCCGGCAAAAUUCGGUAAUCAAUGCUAUAAAGCUGUCCAACCUACUGGACACGGCUCUUGCUUACCAGACGGCACGGACAUUGUCUUCACAGAUUCCAACUUGGGAUCUCAAGCCCCUGUCCAUCUCCUUUGAGGAUGUGAUCGUAGCAUUCGAGGUGGAUAAAGCCCUGGUGCUGAAGCUGCCCGGAGAGUUUGGCAUCUCUCCAUCCAAUGCUCAGCUGCUCUACCGCGCUAGAUACCUGUUCCUGGAGGCUACUAAGCUAGCCAAGGAGAGAGGCAUCGAUACUAUUCUCUUCGAUGUGAUUGGCGACAAUGGCGGUCAGCUGCAGCUAACAAACUGGUUGCUGGGAGCACUUGUACCAGAAUAUCAGACCAGUGACGCAGCUCGCUGUGUUACCUAUGACAUGAAAGCCAGUGCAGUGUGGGAUCGCUGGCUGGAGUCCUUUGCCAGCCAGCGCUGGGUGCGUGCGGUCACACAGAACCUGACGUAUGAGCAAGUUGAAGAGCUGCUGGAAAUGGUCGUCACGCGGGAAAGCGAGUUUGCGGAAAUGUUCGACCCCAGCCUCUCCAUCUUCUACCUGGGCGUGGUGCAGCCACAUUUGAUCUUCCCAUUGAAGAAGGCCAUGGGCAUCUCGGAUCCCGACACCCAACUGAAAGAAGUUCGUACUGCCUUGACUAACCUAUUGACACGCAGUCCAUACUCCUACAACAAUCGAUACUAUGAGUGGUACCCGAUGACACAGCGUAAUCGUCCCAGCGGCAGCAAUUACGAGAACCUGGCGUACUAUCGGCAGCCAGUGCAGUACCUACGCGGCGGAACGGUGUCCAACUACUCACAGAGAUUCUACGAGAGCUGCUUCACUACGGUGCCAGCAACGGAGAAGGAGCAUCUCUGGACUGCCGUGCAGACCUACUUCCGGAACAUCUUGUUCCUGACGGACGGCACGUGUGGCGGAGCGUGUGCCCUGCUGCUCUCCAAGCUGCAGCUAGACGGACGAGCCAAGGUAACCACACUCGGUGGAGUCUACAACGAGCCAAUGGACACGUCGUUCACCGGAGGUUUUGUCGAGGACUGGCCUGAGGAGUUGGAGAAGAUCAGACUGUCCGAAUUUCUCGGCAAGAUCAUUUUCAGGGCCAACACAACGUUCCCAGAAUUGGACAGACUUCCGGUGCCCGCUACGGUAACUCAGCAUGCUACUUGUAGUGUUCGAGUAUUCUACUUUUUUGAAGUAGUCAUAAAGAUGUGCAAAUACGAUCACCAACGGGGGCACGGUCUCUCUGUGUUGCAGAUCAGACUGUCCGAAUUUCUCGGCAAGAUCAUUUUCAGGGCCAACACAACGUUCCCAGAAUUGGACAGACUUCCGGUGCCCGCUACGUUCACCCUAACUACCUUUGAGAUGUACGUGGCUAGCCUGGGCGAGUGUGCUCUGCCGCGUGACUGGUACAACAUACCCGGUGACUACCAUGUGGACCUAUGGGCUACACAGCUGGACGACUGGCCAACGCCGGACCAUGCACAGCUACGCGACCUGUACCGGCAAGUCAUCGCUGCACAAGCAGUAACACCAGCACCAACGAUGGGCCCUACCACACCUCCAGAAAAAGGGCUAUCCGGCGGAGCUCUCACUGGUAUACUGAUAGCCUGCAGUAUUGUAGGUGUAGCGCUGCUGAUCGUCGGCUACGUGCACUUGCGCAAGUGCCAGCGCAAGCCACUUCUACCCAACUCCGAGACCAGCAUCCAGUCACAGCCGAUGUUGGACGACACCGUGUCCGUGUCGGGACAAGAUCUCUGGCAAGAAGAGGCAUAGCGACCGGCCGGUCAGUCUCCUCACCUGCCCGCCGCACCGCAGUACACCACAGGACAAGCGCUCGGCAACGCUACGCCUGCAACAACAGAGGACCUGUGAGUUGAACCACGCUGGAUGCCUGCAGCUGAGUAAUGGCACCAGGGCCUUCCUUGUACAUAUACUUUGUAACGAUAUACUAGCAUCAUGAUUCGUGCGCACGGCCAUCUGUUGUAGCGGGCAAGUAUCAUGCAGGUAAUUGAGAAUCUCUUUUUUUUGUUUAGCAGUCGCCAUCAAUGCACAGCAUAUGCCCACUAGUUAGUGUAGGUACUUUGACGUAGUACAAUGUACAUCAGUGUCAGGACAACCUCCAUUAAUUCAUGUUCAUGAUAAACUGUACACAGGGUAUAUGCAGAGUAGAAUACCAAUCAGAUGACGUCAAUGGGUAGCAACAAUUAAAAAAUAGAACUACUUCAAAAGAAGUAUCAGCACAUUUAUUCAAUUUCUACUGUUUAUUUCAUUCUUAACACACCUGGAGUAUUUACCUAUUUUCACAAAUUUCGAUUUCCCACUUACGGCAAGUAUGAGCAGAUCAUAAGCAGAUCAAGAGCAGAUCAUGAGCAGAUCAAGAGCAGAUCAUGA